AAAUACGCCAAUACAUGACAAUACCAAUCAAUUUGAUUAUUUUGACAGCUGCAAAAAUGUUGUUUUGAAGAAGAAAAUCUGGCACGCAAAUAACUAGUUGUGCUAUCUCGAUUCCAAUAUUACCGACUCGAUCUUCGGUAUCUGCAAAAAGGAGGAUGGACGCAACCGAACUGGACAUCGAUAAUUCCUUUUGGAAUACUGUGGAGGAGAUUCUUGGGGAGCCAAUCCCUUUAUAUUUGAAGAAAAUUGUGACAGCUGGUGGAUUCGCUCGCUUCAACGCGUUGAAGACAAUUUCAGAUGAGUUCAAAGUAGAGCUGGAAUCCUUUGCUCGUGAACAGCUAACGAUGUUAGAAAAAUCAUCCGAAAAUUUUCACAUUUUUCAUCGCAAUCCACGCGAUUUCCGGAUUGUCCCAGGACAUUGGAACCUUUUGCGUGAGCUGCCAAAAAAAAUGCCGGAGAAUAAAAAGAUGUUCUUAAAGCACAAAAUGACCGAAGCCUCUCGGAAGGUGGCUGCUCAACGUAUUCAACCGUCGAAGAUGAUGAGAAAUGCAGCUGGAAGCAGCUCGACGAGCACUGUCGGAGACGAAUCAAGCAUGGUGAUUCGUAAGAAAAUUGAAACCUGGUUGGAAAAAAAAGGAAUGGCGGUGCCGGAGGAAGUAACAGUUGUGAUUUCGGGACCACGACGAGCGAACGUCAACUGCUUCCUUUGUAAGAAAUCUGUUGCUUUGAGCACAAGGGAUAACAAAAAUGGAUCGUGGGAAGACGCGGGUGGUCAAACAUCAAAUUGUUCAGACGUUAAACCUUCGAUGUCGUCCUCGAUCGAAUCCACUGAACGCCGUUUGAGUAUCCCCGCAGAAAUGUUGCCGGAAUCGAGUUCCGAGCAUGGUCAACACGAGCAUAAAGAUACGCUUAAACCAAUACUUGAAGAUGCCUAA